CUGGAGAUCGGUCGAAUGGAGACGACGCAGCAGCAGCGCCGGCACCAGCUCCGGACACCCAUGGACCCGCUCGUGUCCCUCGCCGCCAGCUUCCUCUCGGCCUUCUCGCCGUCGUCCAGCGAGCAGGGCACCACCACCUCCACGAUACUCCUCCUGCCGCUCCCGGUCGCCGCGGCGCGCGCGCUGUCCGUGCUCCGCCGGCUGGCGCUGCUCGCCACGCAGGCCUUCAUCUCCCUCUUCUUCGCGUUCCUCUCCGCGCUCUCGCCCCCGCCCCCGCCGCCGCCCCCCUCGCUCGCGCCCUCGCUGCCGCCGCCGCUGCGCGGGGACCGCGCGGGCGCGGGGGCCACCGCCGCCGUGGCGUCCACCUGCGUGGAGCGCGCGCUCGGGCACGUGCUCUGGGUUGCGUCGCGGCUCCCCGUCGCCUCCCGCAAGCACGAGCUGGUGCGCGGGCUGGCGGAGCGGCUGCUCGACGAGAACAACGUGGGCGCGCGGGUCGCCGCAGUGACCCGCGCCGCGCUGGCCGGGGCGUUCGAGCGCACCCUGCGGCAGCUGGAGGCGUCGGCGGGCGGCGAGUGGGGCCCGCCCGGGAUGGAGCUGGCCGUGCGCGCGGUCAGGUCCGGGGUGCGGUGGUGGAGGCCGACCGUCGCCGCGCUGGAAGGCAACGACGCGUUCGGCGGCCCCGCGGCCGAGAAGCUCGCCGCCGAGCUGCUGUGGCUCGGGCAGAAGAUGGCCGAGUGCGGCGCGGCGCGCGAGGCCGCCGUGCAGUUCGGCGCCGCGUCGCGCCUCGGCAGCCGCGCGCUCGUCGCCGAGCCCACUCUCCAGGUCGCGCUGCUCCGGCUGGCUGUGUUCCUGUUCAGGCACGCCAACUCGGCGGAGUUCGAGCAGGAGGAGGGCAAGGCGGCGGUGGCGGAGCAGCGGAUGGAGAUGCUGCGGUCGUGGCUGCCGCUGCUCUGCCGCGGCAGCAACGGGACGGACGCGCCGGUGCUGAGCGGCAGGGAGAGGGCGGAGAUGGUGACGGUGCUGGAGGAGCUGAUCGAGAAGCUGCGGUGGGAGCAGCAGGAGGAGGCCCUGGCGCUGUGGCUGCACCACUUCGCCGCCUGCCCGGACACCGACUGGCCCAACCUCGAGCGCUGCUACACGCGAUGGUACGCCGAGUCGCGCAAGCUCCUCGCCUGACCAGCAGCCAGCACGUACGCCGGAGCACUUUUGGCUGAUGCUCACGUGUGUGCAACUCGAUCGAGCAACUUACUAGUAGUUGUGUAUGUAAGUUCAGUACAACAGAAUGUGAAGUUCACAAGUUAUGCUAGUGUAAUCUGCAUUUUUCUUUUUUUUGCAUCUGGACUCUGUUCAUAGCAGGCCUGAGCAAAUUUGUAACCCUAUUAUCUUCAGAGAACCCAACAGAUUUUCCCUCUUGCCUGAGCAGUAAAC